CCCUGGUCGCUGCCCAGCAGGCUCCCCUCCGCCUGUCGGACGGGCCGCACCGCUGCGCUGGCAGGGUUGAGGUCUUCUACAGGAACCAGUGGGGAACGGUGUGCGAUGACUGGUGGGACGUGGAGGACGCCAGCGUGGUGUGCCGGCAGCUGGGCUGCGGCAUGCUGCUGUCGCCCUGGCGUUGCAGGGCAGGGUCCGGUCCCAUCUGGCUGGACGACGUCAAGUGCACGGGGAUGGAGGUUGCCCUGUCCCACUGCAGGACGAAGGGCUGGGGCAAGAACAACUGCCACCAUGGCGAAGACGCCAGUGUGGUGUGCUCAGGUAAUGCCCCCGAGCCACAACCACUCCGCCUGGUGAACGGCCCGAACCACUGCUCUGGAAGAGUAGAGGUGAUGCACGACCAUCAGUGGGGAACCGUGUGCGACGACGACUGGAGCCUCCCCGAUGCCAGCGUGGUGUGCCGGCAGCUGGGCUGCGGGACGGCAGUCUCAGCCUACGGUGCGGCUCACUUUGGCCAGGGAUCGGGCCCCAUCUGGCUGGACAACGUUCAGUGCUCUGGGACCGAAGCUGCCCUGUCCGAAUGCCUGGCCAGACCUUGGGGUGUCAACAACUGUCACCACGGAGAAGACGCCGGCGCUGUGUGCGCAGGCACGGCCACCAACACACCAACUCAUCUGCGCUUGGAGAACGGCCCUGGCCGCUGUGCAGGGCGCGUGGAGGUGUUCCAUCACUCUCAGUGGGGGACGGUGUGCUCCAGCAGCUGGAGCCUGGCUGAGGCCGCGGUGGUCUGCCGGCAGCUGGGCUGUGGGACGGCCAUCUCGGCCCCGGGCUCGGCUCACUUCGGGCAAGGGUCCGGACGCAUCUGGCUGGAUAGUGUCAACUGCACAGGGACAGAAGCUGCCCUCUCCGAAUGCCAGACCAGGCCAUGGGGAUCCCACAGCUGUGACCACCGGGAAGAUGCUGGUGUGGUGUGCUCAGGUGUGGGCACUUCGGGGCAGCGCCCACUGCGGCUGGUGAACGGCUCCAACAGCUGCCUGGGGAGAGUCGAGGUCCUUCACAACCAGAAGUGGGGGACCGUGUGUGAUGACACCUGGGACCUCCAUGAUGCCAUGGUCGUGUGCAGGCAGCUGGGCUGUGGGAUGGCACUGACAGCACCGGGCUCGGCUCAUUUUGGACCAGGGUCAGAUCCCAUCUGGCUGGAUGAUGUUCACUGCACAGGGACCGAGUCCGCCCUCACCGAGUGUGAGCUGAGGAACUGGGGAGAGCACAACUGCGGUCACAGCGAGGAUGCAGGCGUGGUGUGCUCAGGCACGAACCCCUUGGAGCUGCGGCUGCAGGACGGCCCCGGGCCCUGCGCGGGGCGGCUGGAGGUGCUCUACAACGCUACCUGGCACGGGCAGGAGCCAUCCCGAACGCGUGAGCAGCCGAGCUCCGUGCGCUCCCCGGAUUUCACCUCCCCUUCUCUUUCCCCUCCUGGCUUUGCAGGCGUUUUUCCGGGGGGCUUCCGUCUCCGGGCCGGCGGCCCUGGCCGCUGCGCCGGGCGGGUGGAGGUGUUCCACAACGGGACGUGGGGCACGGUGUGCGACGACAGCUGGAGUUCCGCCGAGGGCCGCGUCGUGUGCCGGCAGCUGGGCUGCGGGUCGGUGCUGUCAGUGGCACCCGGAGCUCGGUACGGAGAGGGGACGGGACGGAUCUGUGGGGCUCACUUCGGGAGGGGCCACGAUCCCAUUUGGUUGGAUGAGGUCAACUGCACCGGCACCGAGGACACCCUCUUCGACUGCCGGGCCAGCGCAUGGGGGGACAACAACUGCUUCCACGGGGAGGACGCCGGAGUGAUAUGUUCAGCUUCAGGGGUGUCCGUGGCCGCCGAGCUCCGCCUUGCCAACGGUUCGACGCGCUGCGACGGCAGGGUGGAGGUCACCCACAAUGGCGCCUGGGUGGCCUUGUGCGAUUUUUGGGGUCGGGCCGAGGCUCGCGUGGUCUGCAGGCAGCUGGGCUGCGGGAGAGCCCUGUCGGCACCCAUCAGGUCACGUUUUGGGCACGGGCCCGGGCAAAUGUGGCCCGACAGCGUGAGCUGCAUGGGCACGGAGACUUCCCUCUUGGAGUGCAAGACGAAGCCCCGGGGCAACAGCACAUGUCGCCAUGGGAGAGAAGCUGGUGUGGUGUGUGCAGGUAACCCCCUCGGGAGCAACGCGGCACGAGAGGUUGUGGGUCUUGGUCCAUCCCGCUGUGCUGGCAGGGUGGAGGUGUUCCACGACAAGCAGUGGGGGACUGUGUGUGACGACAACUGGGACCUGCUGGACGCUGAGGUGGUCUGUCGGCAGCUGGACUGCGGGACAGCGCUGUCAGCCCCUGGGGGGGCCCAGUUCGGGCGUGGGGAAGGCGUCAUCUGGAUGGAUGAGACGAACUGCACGGGGACGGAGAGCACGCUGUCCGCCUGCCGGGCCCGGCCGUGGGGCAUCAAUAAUUGCUACCACGGAGAAGAUGCCGGCGUGGUGUGCUCAGGCUCGGCUGUUUCCAGCUUCACCCCAGUCCGGCUGGCGGAUGGCCCCGGUCGCUGCGCUGGGAGAGUCGAGGUGUUUCACAGUGAGAAAUGGGGGACGGUGUGCCACGACAGCUGGGACUUCACGGAUGCCAAAGUGGUGUGCCGGCAGCUGGGCUGCGGGGCGGUGAUAUCGGCCCCACGGCGGGCUCACUUCGGGCAGGGACAGGGACCCAUCUGGCUGGACGACGUGCACUGCGCGGGGACGGAGGCCGCCCUCUCGGAAUGCAGGUCCAGAGGCUGGGGGGUCCCCCAACAAGAUGCCAGCGUGGUGUGCGCAGGAUCGGGCAUUUCUGACCUCAGAAGCCUCCGCCUGGCGAACGGCUCAGACUCGUGCUCUGGGAGAGUGGAAGUGUUCCAUGAUCAGCACUGGGGAGGUGUCUGCACGGAUGGCUGGGACGUGGCCGAAGCCCACGUGGUGUGUCGGCAGCUGGGCUGUGGCGCGGCGCGCUCGGCCGUGGGGUCCGCCCAGCCUGGGACAGGAGAUGGCCCGAUCUGGGUGGAUGGAGUGGAGUGCACUGGGAUGGAGGGGGCCCUCUUAGAAUGCAAGGUCAAGCUGUGGGGCACCAAGAGCUGCAAGUCGAGGGGGCACGCAGGCGUCACGUGCUCUGCGGCCGCAGUCCGGCUGGUGGAGGGCCCCCACCGCUGCGCCGGGAGGGUGGAGGUCUUUCACAACCAGCAGUGGGGGACCGUCUGCGACAACGGCUGGGACUCGAGCGACGCGGCCGUGGUGUGCCGGCAGCUGGGCUGCGGGGCGGCCGUGUCGGCCCUGAGUUUAUCCGGGUUUGGGCAAGGAUCCGGCCCCAUCUGGCUCGAUGGGGUGCGUUGCCUCGGGACAGAAGCCACCCUCGCCGAAUGCCCGGUCAAGCCUUGGGGGCACCACGCGUGUAACCAUGUGGAAGAUGCCGGCGUUGUGUGCUCAGGCUCGGGCAUUGCCAGCGUCCCCAGGCUUCGCCUGGCAGGUGGUCUGAGCGAGUGCGCUGGGAGGGUCGAGGUGUUCUACAACAACGAGUGGGGGACGGUCUGCGAUGACAGCUGGGACCUGCGGGCCGCGGCGGGGGGGUUCGGCUGGGGAGCCGGCCCCAUCUGGCUGGACGACGUGAGCUGCACGGGGGAGGAAACGGACUUAUCCGAGUGCCGAGUCAAGACGUGGGGCGUCCACAACUGCCACCACGGGGAGGACGCCGGCGUGGUGUGUGCAGACCUGGACAUCAGGCAACCAGCCAGCCUGCGGCUGGCGGAUGGACCACACCGUUGUGCCGGGAGGGUGGAGGUGCUCAACGCUGAGCAGUGGGGGACGGUCUGCGACGACAGCUGGGACCUGAACGAUGCCGCGGUGGUGUGCCGGCAGCUGGGCUGCGGCAGGGCCACGGGGGCCCACGGCCGGGCUCGCUUCGGGCAGGGGAUGGGGCACAUCUGGUUGGACGACUUGAGCUGCACCGGGAGCGAAGACAAUCUCGCCCAGUGCCGGGCCCAGCCCUGGGGGCAGAACAACUGCAACCACGGAGAGGACGCCGGCGUGGUGUGCUCUG